UGAGAUGCAGUGUCUUGUUAAGGUUCGAUGAUGUUCUGUUUCAAAAACAAAACCGCUAGUAAUUAAGAAACGAACAUGCUUUGAUUACAUUAAAAUAUCAACUGUUUUAUAAAAAUUUUUUUUAAUAACUGCUAAUAAUUCAGUGACAUAAAAAUAUGGAUUUUCUUUGGAGGUAUCGGAGAUUUUCAAUACCAAAAAGAACAAGUGAGCUGGUUGCUUUUAUUGCAAUAUCAGCAACAUUGUUUCUUUUUAUGCACACAAGAGAUUUACAUUCUAAAUUAAAAGAAAUGGAAGUGAAACUUCAGCCGGAAGAUAUUGCAACUGGUGAUGAACUAGAAACUGGUGCUGAAGAAAUACGAGCUACGAUCAAGAUUUUGCAGACCUCCAAAGAGGUUACCAGGUGGGAACCAUAUCAAGUAAAUAACACCCUGAAAGCACAGCAGAACAUUGUUUUCUUCAAUCGAGUUCCAAAAGUUGGUUCCCAAACUUUAAUGGAAUUAAUACGACGAUUAAGUAUAAGAAAUAAUUUUGGCUUUCAUCAAGAUAGGGUGCAAAGAGUGGAAACAAUUAGACUCUCUCCAGAAGAUCAAGCAGUAUUAUCAUCCCUGGUGUCUAGUUAUGAACCUCCAGGAGUUUAUAUCAAACAUGUUUGCUUUACCAACAUAUCAAGAUUUGGAUUUCCUGAACCAAUUUAUAUAAAUCUCGUACGCGACCCAGUGGAACGCGUGAUUUCUUGGUAUUAUUAUGUAAGAGCUCCAUGGUACUACGUUGAAAGAAAAAUUGCCUUUCCUGACAUUCCUCUUCCAGAUCCUAAAUGGCUAAAAAAGGAUUUUGAACAUUGCGUUUUGAGCGGUGAUCGAGAAUGCAAAUAUCUGACGGGAGAAACUCGUGAAGGAAUAGGAGACCACAGACGUCAAUCUAUGUUUUUCUGUGGCCAUCAUUCUGAAUGUUUGCCAUUUAAUACACCAGGUGCCUUAGAGCGAGCAAAAAGAGUUGUUGAACAACACUACGCAGUGGUCGGAGUCCUAGAAGAUUUAAAUACAACUUUAACAGUACUAGAAAAAUACAUACCCAGAUUUUUCACAGGAGCAUAUGAGAUAUAUUGGAAUGAAAUCAGUAGAUUCAAUCCCAUCAACAAGAAUGCUUUUAAACCACCUGUUAGUGAAACCGUUAAGAAUAUUGUAAGACAAAAUUUUACAAAAGAAAUAGAAUUUUAUCAAUUCUGUAAACAAAGACUGCACAAACAAUAUUCAGCCUUACAACUGGAUAACAAAACAUAGAAAAUUCUGUAAGAUAGCACAUUCACGCAUGUUAUUUAUAUUCAUCCAUACCUAUACAUAUCUAUGGGGAGUUCAACUGAAAAGUUCAUCAAGUUACCUUUGAAAUGUUAUUGGAAGAAGAUGGAACGAAAAAGGGAUGUGAUAAUUAUUGUAAAAGUUUUCGGCAGUGUGACAAGUUGACGUUGUUCGUUGUACUUAGUAUUUACAUUAUUGUCUAAUAAAUUUUCAUUAAACACGUUAA